CACCGCCGCCCCGAGGCCGCAGGGGACCCCGCGCAGGCCCGAGGCCUCGGGGAGGGCCGCAGCCCGGGCCCGGCUCGCUCGCUGCCCCCCUCGCAGUAAAGCUACACUGCGGAAAGGGCCGCGGGUGCCGCGCAGGGCAGUGCCCGGCCUGGGCUCCCCGCUGCGUCGCCCCCUCCUCGCCUGCGCUCCCCGGGCGCGUGAGGCCGCAAGCGGGGCACCCCGGGCGGCAGCUCCCGUCCUUCCCCGCCCCGCUGCGCCCGCCCGCGCCCCACACUGCUCCGCCGGGCCUGGCCACGCGCCGGGCAGCCCCGCGGCCUCCUGGGGGGCCCGAGUCGGACAAGGCCCAGGCGAACCCCGGCAUGAGGCUCCCGGGUGGCCCCGGCCGGGGCAGCGGCUCCCCUGGGUCACCGGCGCUGGGGAGGACUUAAAGCUGGGACACAAGUUGCCAGGGCCCGAGGGCUGCACGGGCGCCGGAGAGAGCGGCCACAGGCGGUUUCCGCCUGCCGCAGCAGGAGAGCAGCAACGCCGGUGCAGUACGAUUACCCUCGCGGCAUUCUGGGCACUGAGCCAGCGCUCUCCCGGGGACGCCUGGGCCCGGCCAGGCCCGCGCCAGGGCCCGUGGGUUGCCCCAUCCCGCGCCGGGGGCAGAACGCCAGGGCCACCUCCCGGCAACGGCCGCUGUGACCUCAGCCCGCUGCCCCGGGCCGGGCGCCGCGGCAGGCAGAGCGGCCGUGGCCCUGCACCUCGCGGCCCGCCACGCCGCCCGGCUUUCCUGGCAACGCGCAGGAGCUCCUGGCGGGAGGCCAGCGGGAGCCGUGCCCCGCCAAGCCAGCCGUGACCGGGGCCGUGUUGUCGGCCAUCCCUACGACAACGGGACCCGAGCGCUUCCGGCAGCCCAAAGAGACCAAAGGCGAAAUGAGCUUCUCCAUGACGCUGGCAGAGCUGGCGGACAUCGCCAUCGGCACGCCCGACGUUGGCAGCGUCAACUUCAACGCCCUCCACGUCCUGCUGCACGGCAUCCUGGAGCACCUCCACCUGCGGGACGCCACGGCGGAGGUCUCCGAGGACGAGAGGGAGCUUCUGAAGCCCGCCGCUGGCGUGGCCGUGGCGAAGGCUGCCGGGGCGACUGCCGAGGGGAAGAGCUGCUCCCUCUUCCACGAGAUGCAGCAGCGGCUGGGGAGGGUUGAGAGCCAGCUGAGCCGCCUCAACGGGCCCCCGUCCACCGCGGAGCUGCUGGCCCACAGCCAGGCCCCAGGCAAGCCGGCCGCUGACAUGUGGCAAAUGAUGCAGCUGAAGAAGAAGGUAGAAACGAAUGAAGAGGGAGUGACAAAGGCCAUCAACACGCUGCAGGAGCUGCUCACCACCAUAUGCUCCCUGAAAACUACCGUCGAGGCCUUCCAGGAGGAGCUGCAGCUCUUGAAGGACAAUUUGCAGAAGACUGGCUUGGAGGAUCUGCGAGAGCGUUUGGGACGGCUGGAUGAGCACAGCCACCUCCUGCAGAGCCUCCUGGACCAAAUGGCGGAGGUGCGCGCGGAGCUGAGCGCCUGGCCCCGGCCGGCCGACACGGUGCGCUGGAGCAGUCUCUGCGAGGCGCUCGCCAGCGAGAAACCCCGUGCCCAGGAGCCCAGCCCGGAGGCCGUGCAGGAGCUGGCCCGCCAGGCCCUGCGCAGGCUGAGCUGGCUGCCGGAGCAGCACGAGGCCAUGGGCGCCCGCGUCGCCCGCCUCGAGAGCCAGCUGCAGCAGCCCGCCAACUUCGGUACCUUGGAUGACAUAGCUGCCAAACUGGAGAAGAUGCAGAGUGAUGUGAAGCACCUGGAGGACGAAGGGGGGAAGGCGUUGGACUUCCGCAAGGAUGUGCUGGAGCAAGUGGGGCAGCUGCGGGAGCAGUGCACCAGGCUGCAGGAGACUGCGGAGCGGCUCUGGAGUGACACUGAGGACAUCCAGAGCCUGCGCGAGAUGGUGGAGCGUCUGGACGUGAGCAAAGCAGACAAGGCCCUGCUGGAGCAGGGCAUGGACAUUAAAGCAGACAAGGCUGAGCUGGAGACCAAAGUGAGCCAGGAGGAGCUGCAAAGCGCCAUAGCCCAGCUGAGCGAGAUGAUGCACGACCUGCUGCAGAAGAUGUCUCUGCAGGACCAGGACUGGCAGAAAGCCCUGGAGAAGCUCGUCAGCGACAUGGACUCCAAGGUGGACCACAUGGCAUUGGACCCCCUGCGGGUGCAGCUGGAGCGGGUGUGGAAGUUCACCAAGAAGUACCUGUGCCAGGGACCCCCCUUCACUGCCAACAGUGCCGCUGGCUUUAAGAGGCAGCUCUUCGAGCGGGUCAAGUGCAUCUCUUGCGACAGACCCCUGACGAUGGCCCCCAGGCCGCAGCUGGUGACCGUCCGAAAGGCCAACCUGCUCGGCUGGCCCCGGCCGGCCAGUGCCAACGGCUACGAGUACCUGGCGCGCCGGGCGCUGGCGAGGGAGGGCGAGGAGAGCGCGGCGGCCAGCCUGGGCCCCGGCGUCGCACAGCAGCACUGGCCUGGCGACGAGCGCGCCGUGAGUCCCGCUGGGCAGCUGUCCACCUCCAGCUCCCUCACCACCGUGUGCCCCUACGGAGGCCCGACCGCUUUCACCGCUGAGAACACGGAAGUGGAUAUUUUGGGCAUCAAUGGGGUGCUGUACAAGGGCAGACUGUGCUCAGGGGCCACCAACAGGACUGUCACCCUGGAAAGGGACUUCCCAGGAAUGAAGACCUUCCAGCCUUCCUCCCGGCAGCCCGCGGAGAAGACGCAUCCUGCCAAGUACGGCAGCCGCUACGUGUCCCCGUACUCGUGCGCUGCCCUGCGGGCCAGGGCCCCGUCCUCGUCCUCGGGAGGCCGGCGGCAGGAUGCCCCAGGCGGCGGCAGCGCGGCAGGCGUCUGAGCUGGCCGGGGAGGGCCACAGCUCGCCCCCCCCGCCGCCAUCACAAGUGGAAAUGGCGCGGGGGGACCGGGACCACCAAGGCUGUGCUGCAAGGGAGAGGGGGUCUGCCCGGGGACAGGUGGCCCUGCAGCCUGAGGACCGUCCCCGGCCCUGCCUGGCCUCAGGGAUUGGAGAGGUGGGGGCGAUGCUGCCGGGGCCUCUCCUUCCCCUUGGCCCAGGCUGUGCUCGGGGACCUCCCUCGCAGCCGCUCGUCGCGGCGGGGCGACUCCGCGGCCCAUAAAGGUGCUCCCUGCUCA